GAGGCUCGGGAUCCAGCCCAGUGCUCAGCCGGCGCUGCCAGGUCCCGCUGCCCUGGGAGAGCUCCGGAGAGCGCUGCCCCGUUCCUCCCGCAGCCCCGCAGAGCCCCCGGCUCCCCCGAGCACCUGCCUGCAUGAGGACCCAGCAGUGCCCCAGUGAGUCCAGCGGGGCACACAGUGGCGAGAACUGCAGCAGCAGUGGCAGCUCCGGGCUCUCACCGGGCUCGGAUUCAGACAGCAGCGGGGUGGUGUGUGGUGGUGGUGGCAUGAGAGGCGUCCUGUCCAGGUACUGGAGCUUGGAGAGUCUUCACUCUGCCACAGUGAUCACUGAUGGAGCUCUGGACAAGACAGCCCUGACGGACGAUGUGGGGAGCGAGGAGGAUCUGUACGAGGAUUUCCGCAGCUCCAACCACCGCUACGGCCACCCCGGGGGCGGCGGCGAGCAGCUGGCCAUCAACGAGCUCAUCAGCGAUGGCAGCGUGGUGUACGCAGAAGCUCUCUGGGACCACGUCACCAUGGAUGACCAGGAGCUGGGAUUCAAGGCCGGCGAUGUCAUCGAAGUAAUGGAUGCCACCAACAAGGAGUGGUGGUGGGGGAGGAUUCUGGACAGUGAAGGCUGGUUUCCAGCCAGCUUCGUUCGGCUGCGAGUAAACCAGGAUGAGCCCAUGGAAGAUUAUCCCCUGAAGGUAGAGGGGGGAAAAGAGGACGAGUCCCGACGCUUUGGGAUGGGCCAGACCACCAAAGACCAAAUGAGGACCAAUGUCAUCAAUGAGAUCAUAAGCACAGAGAGAGACUACAUCAAGCACCUGAAGGACAUUUGUGAGGGUUACAUUAAGCAGUGCCGCAAAAGAGCAGACAUGUUUACAGAAGAACAGCUGAAGACAAUCUUUGGGAAUAUUGAGGACAUCUACAGGUGCCAGAAGAAAUUUGUUAAAGCACUAGAGAAGAAAUUUAACAAAGACCACCCACAUUUGAGUGAGGUUGGCUCGUGCUUCUUGGAAUACCAAACAGAGUUUCAGAUCUACUCUGAGUACUGCAACAACCACCCCAACGCCUGCAUGGAGCUGUCGCGCCUCACAAAGGUGAACAAGUACGUUUACUUCUUCGAGGCCUGCCGGCUGCUGCAGAAGAUGAUCGACAUCUCCCUGGAUGGCUUCCUGCUCACCCCCGUGCAGAAAAUCUGCAAAUACCCCCUGCAGCUGGCUGAGCUGCUCAAAUACACCAACCCCCAGCACAGGGAUUUCAAGGAUGUGGAGGCUGCCUUAAACGCCAUGAAGAACGUGGCUCGGCUCAUCAACGAGAGGAAGCGGCGGCUGGAGAACAUCGACAAAAUCGCUCAGUGGCAGAACUCCAUAGAGGACUGGGAGGGAGAAGAUGUCCUAGUCAGAAGCUCAGAACUCAUCUAUUCUGGGGAAUUAGCCAAGAUCUCCCACCCUCAAGCCAAGAGCCAACAGAGGAUGUUCUUCCUCUUCGAUCACCAGCUUGUCUGCUGCAAGAAGGACCUUCUGCGCAGGGACAUCUUGUACUACAAGAGUCGGAUCAACAUGGAUGAAAUGGAAAUCCUGGAUGUAGAAGAUGGGAAAGACAAGGACUUCAAUAUCAGUGUGAAAAAUGCAUUUAAACUGUACUGCAGAGACACUGAGGAAGUCCAUUUAUUCUGUGCAAAAAAGCCUGAGCAGAAACAGCGCUGGCUGAAGGCAUUUGAGAAUGAGAGGAGGCAGGUGCAGCUUGACCAGGAGACAGGUUUUUCCAUCACAGAGGUGCAGAAAAAGCAGGCAAUGUUGAAUGCCAGCAAGCAGCACCAUGCUGGGAAGCCCAAGGCUGUCACCAGGCCCUACUACGACUUCCUGAUGCGGCAGAAGCACCCCACGCUGCCCACCACGCUCCCUCAGCAGCAGGUCUUCAUGCUGGCAGAGCCCAAGCGCAAGCCCUCGAACUUCUGGCAGAACAUCAGCAGGCUGACACCCUUCCGGAAAUAGGGGCAGCCCCGUGUUUGUGCCUGAACCCCUUCUGAGAAAGCACUUUAUCCGUCAGCCCCGGCAGGUGGAGCCCAGGUUCAUCCCAGCCUGUGUUUACAGAGGAUGGCACAUGUGCUCCUGCCUUCCCUAUUUAUUUUGCAGCCCGACUGAGCCGCUGGCUCCGAGGUGAGCAGGAGCCAGCCCCGCCCUGGCCGGCAGCAGAGCUCCAGGAGCGGGCAGCAGGGAGCUGGACAGGCUGCAGCCCCAGAGAUUUCAGUGGCAGCCGGACUUGGACUGGCUCCUUCCCGCUGUGCCACCGCUGCUGGGGAUGGCAGCUGAUGGACCCUGCCGUGCUCAGAACAGAUCAGAGUCCGUGACGAGGAGGGAUGAGCCCUUCUGCUCUGCCCACCCCCGUGCCCUGCAUUUCUCAGAGCUAUGAUCCUCCUCCACCUGUCCAACUAACUCAGCAGCCUCUGCAGGCACUCCGAGCACAGUGAGCACUGCACUGUGACCUCCUCCCUCCCUUUAGUCCAACACCACUGCUGAACGGUGUCCUACAUUAAACUGUGCCAACCUGCAGCAUGAGUCAAGUCCAAGAAUCUCUCUAGUGGGUUUGAGUUACGUAAGUUAGAGAAAAAUGUGCCUAAUUAAUACCAUACUCAAUUCUUUAGAUUCUUGUCUCUACAUCAUUCUGCCAUAUUUCCUGGCCAAUGAAAAUGCUCAUUGUUUGUAAUGUGUUUAUUUAUGGUAAAAAUCAGAACUGUGUAUUUUGUAAGUCUGUAAUUGUUCUUGUCAGAUGUUGUUAACUUGAUGCCUGUUUUGUCUGUUUAAUUUUUCUUUUCUGUUUUUUUUUUUUUAAAGAAAGGUCAAUAUUUGCAAACCUAGCUCCCAGAAGUCAGAGUCUGCUGUUCAACUCUGCAACGUCAUUGUUAUGCAAACUCCCACAGACCCUCAAAUUCAAGGAGUGUUACUGACACUUAUAAAAAUGGAAAUCCACUUUAUAAAGGCCUAAAUUUGGCAUAAAAAGCCUCACUUUAAGUACCCAAGUUUCAAAUGGUGGCCAAAAAGAAUGAAUUUAAACCUUGGUUAGCAAAAAGAAAGAUUUGCCUUACCAUAGCGAGAGUUAGAAGCCAUACUGACUGAAUUCCCUAGAGUAGGAGACAUCCUGUGAGAGUGGAAGACACCAGCUCAUUCCAGCUCAAGUGUGAGUGAGCACUAACUUUCUGCAGAGCUCAGAAAUCCAGUGUUUGUUGAUGCUGUAGCUGACCAAAGUCUGGUCAUCCAGGGAUAUCUGAAUUCAGUAGCAUGUACAAAGUCCUUCUUGCACUAUAUUUUCCCCCCAGACCAGGGGCAACAUUUAAUUUCAUAAAGAAACUUGUAAAAGUGA